CACUGUGACGAGGUUGUGCUUCACUUCCGCUGAGCUUGUUUGUUAGGGACCAUAAACACUGUUACACAAAGUUAUUUUAGGGCUGAACAUCAUGAUUCAUUUUGUUAAUCGUUUUUAUCGUUCGUUUCAAGAAAUGGUUAAAAAAGAAAGAAAGUUCUAAACCUCAAGAGGAUGUUUAGUUUCGUCCUCACAUUUCAUUUAGCAGUCGAUUCCUAAUCAGAGGCUCGAACGAUCACGAGAGAUGAGAUCAGUCGCGACUCUGAACUCAUCAAUGUGUCGUCCAGUGGUGGACCCUCAGGACUGGCCCGACGUGGACUCGCAGCCUCUCAGUGUCGAGGACUCGUGGAGGCUCCGCGUCGCCUCCGCCCGUGUGUUUUGCAUCGUGAAGAACAGGGACGUGCGGCACUUUGAAAAGGUCGUGAGCUUCCUGGACGCCACGUACCGACUCCUGCCCCGACUGGUGGCCCCCAUCAAACACAUGAAGAUCCUGUUCGGCCUCAAAACCAUGGUCGUCAUGCGGAUGCUCCGGGAGCGUCGAGGGAUGGUCGACACCGUGUGCAAAAUCUCCCAGUUCUUCCCGAGUAAACUGCCUCUGUAUCAGGAUCAGUGUAACCAACACCAGAUGUUCCUCAUGAGGAAGAACAACAUGGAAUUCAGGACUCUGGCACAAGCUCUGGCGAUGGACGAGGACAAACUCGCAGAUUAUUCUGAGAAUCAGAUGGAGAAGCAGUACGGUGAACACUACGCUCAGAAGGUGGAGGACCGGCUGCUGCACUAUCUGCACCAGCUGGAGGCGGCGUUACCUGGAGACACGUUCGUCGACAAGAUCCUGAAGAAGCAAAGUCCCGUGACCGAGGAGGAGAAGCUGCUGCUGGACGUUAUCACCUCGGACUCUGUCACCAUAGCAACAACUCUGAGGAAGCUGCUGCACUGUGAUUCAGCUUCCUGUCGUCCACGCGUUGUUCCUCCGUCGUCAGAACACGGAGAGACUGAAGAGCGAAGCUCUCCACUCACUCGGUCUGGUCCGCGCUGCAGCUCCUCGAAGGCUCAAAGCCUCGAGUCGCCCGACGGCAAGACUCUGGCGACUCCCCGGGAGUUUCAGGCUGCGCAGGAAGUGUCUGGAGAUGUUGGGAGGCGUCACCUGACGAAUGAGGGCGGCGAGGAGCAGGAGGAGGAAACCAAUGGGAGAAGCAGGGAAGGCGCCUCCUCGCCCCAGUUCUGCUCCAAACACCAGCGAUGGGUGGAGAGCAUCCUGCAGGAGUGUCCCGACGAGUGUUCAGAGGAGUCCUCGUCCCCUCCUCUGUUCCCGUCGUCCUCGUCCACGUCCUCAUCGUCGCAGGACCUCACCCCGUCUGACCUCGUCCCAUGUCCCUCCGGCCAACAGCGUCCUCCCUCACAGACCGGCACCCGUCCUCCGACGGCGGCGGCGGCCCCGGCGCCCGAGCGGUCGAACCCCAAAGACGAGCGGAGCUCUGGGGCAGCGAGCGAUGGCGCUCUUCCUCGGCCCCGGUCCAGAGACUCUCUGCUGCCCGACCUGUUGUCCCCGGUCGUCCGACUGAUCGACAUCGCCUCCGUCAGAAGGAGCCUCCCCACCUUUACACCCCAUCGCGCCAUGAAGGCGUCUGCUUCCGGUCCUCAGCGACCAACCUCUCCUCCUCACUGCUGCACCUCCGUGAACAAAGACUCCUCAGUAGAUCGGUUGGAAAUCGUGGCCCCAACAAAUCCCCCAAACACGACGUGCACAUCUCCUGUAUCUCACGAUGCCUCCGCCACCGCCGGUGGUCAGACACGAACCCGACAGUCUCGUUCCAGACUCUCGAGGAAGCACAGACGGACUCGCGCGACCUCCGGACGUUCACCGACCACCUCGUCCGACUUGGGCGUCUCAGGACCUUCAGAACAAGACGCCUCGACCUCCGAUCCUCAAUCCGAGGCUUCGUCUUCUUUCUCUUCUAACAGGAUCCCUUCAUCUCCCGGAUCAUCUCCACACGUCGUCCCUUCCGACUCAAUCAAAGAUCAACCUCGGACACUCAACGCCAACACCCGACCGCGCUCCGCCGCCGCCGCCUCCUCCUCUACCUUCGACUCUGAACAUCCGGCCGUCGUGUCCGACGCCUGCGCGGCCCGGCCGAGGCUGUCGCUGCCCUGUCAGGCCGCGCUGCUGCGGUCCACGCUGCUGCAGCCCCACGUGGGCCUGAGCCGGCUGAGCGCUCGGGAGUGUGACCGCCUGACGGAGGGCAGAUCCUCGGUCGGGCGCCUGGAGCCACAAGGCAGCGACCGCGACGAGGACGAAAGGAACGCAGAAGAUGAUUCAGAUGCGUCUUUUGACGUGAACAUUCUUUACUCCAGUCAUUCUUCCAGCGGCGACUGCAACGACUCGGCUAACUGCGACCCCGACUACAAACCUUCCACUAAAAAGAACAGACGAUUGUCGGAGGACGAGGCCGCAUGGAGCCUGAAUCAUGUCUGAGAACAUCAUGGAAAGUGUUGGAAUGUGGGAUCCCAAGAGGAGACCUUUUAAACAUAGACAAUCUCUGUAAGGAUUUAUUAAGUAUGUUCUAAUUGGGACAUUUCACAAUGAAGUAUCAAGUUCUCUCUGGUGGACAAACUGAAAUAGUGUUUGUUGUUAAUGUUUCUAAAAUACCCCUGAACCAAAAUACCAGAUUUUUUGUUCUGCAGUUUCUUGUUAUUUAUUGACUGUACACAGAUAAUAACUAUCUGCAUUAAACGUAUAUUUGCUGAUAUACCGA